ACAGGCGGGACCGUACACGUAUGCUUCUCGUCAGCCGCCUGUCUGUCUGUACUGCAGUGACUCAGCUAGGCGGGCCGCGGGCAGUCAGUGCUAGGCAUUUAUCGAGUGUGGACGCUGUAGAACUGUUAAUACACACUGGGUAGUUAUCACGUGGUGUGACGUCCUACAAAUGGCGACUGCAAAGAAAAGAAAAGUAGAUGCAGAAUGUCGAGCCUUCCAAGAGAAGUGGACAAACGAUUAUUUUUUUGUUGAAGUGAAAGGCAAACCUGUGUGCUUAGUUUGUGGGGAUGCGUUAGCAGUAAUGAAGAAGGCCAAUGUGGAGCGUCAUUACAGCUCAAAACAUGCUAAGCUCAGUGAUUUGGGAGGACAAAUGCGUCUGGAUAAAAUCAAUGCUCUUCGGCGGUGUUUAGAAUCACAACAAGCCUCUUUCACAAGACCUCGGUGUGACAGAGACAACGUUAUUCAGACGAGUUAUGCACUGAGUGACCUAAUUGCCAAGAAGCUGAAGCUUCACAUAGAGGGAGAGUUUGUGAAAGAGUGCAUCGUUAAAGCUGCGGAGUUGCUAGCGCCAGACAAACUUCAGUUAUUUCAGAGUGUUAGUUUAUCUCGUAGAACCGACUCAGAUCGAGUAGCAUCAUCAACAGUACCACCUAACAUCACGCGCCUCGCCAAAGAGAAGCAGUUCCAGCCGUCACAUUAGAGGUUGCACAUCUUGGAUCUGUAUGUGAGGCUGGGACAUACUUUCUGAAGCAGCAUUGCUCUUUUUACAUACAUGAGAGAUUAAAUCCAAAUUAAUGUUAUUCUUCCACACCUUGUGAAUACCAAGAAAUCAUCUAUGGAAAAUAAGAGCAAUACUAUGCUGCAGCCAGACCCAUCUGUCUCCCUUAGCAGUCUUGAAAAUGAGGGAAGGGACUUUACACUUGAGGAAAUUUUGGAUCUGGGAGAUGAUAGCCUGGGACUAAAAGUUCUUCUCACAACAAAGCAAAGCUCCUGGCUUGGUGUGAUCAACAUAAUUUUGAAAACGUGUGGAAAGAUCUCUUUGGAAAAGGUUAGUAAUCCUAAGACAGGGAAGAAAAAGCUUGGUCUCCGCACCUUUUUCUUCCAUGACAUACUCAACAUCAAGGUGCUGGGGGAAGACCAAGAGGCCAGGCAGAGACUCCUCAAGGAUAUGUAUUUUGAAAAACAACAAGGGAAGAAAUUGCUGAGGAAGAAAUUACUGCCUAUGGACCUGCAGGAGAAGUGUUGUACCAUCAUCCCUAAGGAGGAAGUGGUGCCAGGCUUGAUACAACAUUUAUUGACUGAGGAGGCCCGUGUGAAGUCAAGCUCACCUUCACCUCAAAGCCCUGAAAGACUCCCUCGCCCCUCCAAGUGGAUUGUAAUUGAUGUGGUCGAUGAUUCAUAUGAUAAGGCACUCUCUAUGAUUUGCAAGGAGAUGGUCAUUUCUCUUGGCAUGGCUGGACUGGGAGUGGGUAGAUCGGGCACCUUGGUGUGGUUGUCUGUUGCCACCUCCAGUGUGAUCUUUCAUUUUGAUGUAGCCAAGAUUGGAGUAUCAGAGGUGAUGGAGGGAGGCCUUGGAAUGGUCCUGCAAGAUAGCAAAGUGGUGAAGGUAGUGCAUGACUGUCGAGGCUUGGAAGACCUCCUCCAUCACCAGCUGAAACUGAACCUCUGCAACGUGUUUGACACCCAAGCUGCUGAGAUUUAUCUGCACUUGCUAAACCAAAAAGGGUCUGUGCCACUGCUGGUGCCCACCCUGACCUCUCUGCUGAUAAAGCACCUCAACUUGAAUAUUUAUCAUCUCUUCCCUGAUGGACAGGAAUACUCCAAGGUUGAUGAUUCCUUGUGGCUGGAACGGCCUCUGGCAAAGUCUCUUGGAGAACAUUUAGCUCGAGAUGUCAUGUACUUGAGAGAGUUGCGUCUGGAGCAGCUGGAUAUGAUGCUGGUAGAUCUGAGGCAAAUCUUUGAGAUAUACCUGGGAGCCAUGAGAGAUAAGGACUCACUCACUCUGAGUCAGCUAGAACCACAGGUAGUCCCAGCAGAGGUGCAGAAGUUAGGUAAACAGCCAGUGCUUAGUGUCAAGCAUGGCGGCUUGCCAUUUGUACAGCAUUUCAAAGGUGCUCCAAAUCCUAGUCUAUGGCAGUAAUAAUAUUUCAAGUGAGUGAACUUCCUCAUCUUGAGAGACGUGAAACUUUCCCUCAGGUGUUGGUAAUUUUGGGAGCUGGUAUGUUAUAGCAUUUAGAGUUUUCUUGGGGAAAGCUAUUUGGUCCCUGUACUUGUCUUUCACAUGUGGCAGUGGGAGUUCAUGAGGAUUUUUGUAUCUGCUAUUUUGUAUGGCUGUGAGUCUUUAAUGCUGUAUGUGAGGUUAGGGAGGUGCUAUAAAUGGAGUGCUUUGGAACAAUUUAAACAUAUACAUUUUUUUAAGAGUAAGGAACAAUAAGGUUAGAGAAUAUGUGUCAUUUAUGAGUUGAUCAUAUCUAUUCAAUGUGAUAGAAUAUUUUCAUAUAUUUUUUGUAGUCAUGUGUAAACAGGAUAAUUGUGGUUUAUAUAAGUAGGGAACCAAAUGUGGAAGUAAGACUAAUAUUUCUUUUCUGUCACUCAUAUUUUGAUGUGCUAUGUAUAUCUAUGUAUAGAGAUCUAUUUGUUUACUUUUCAUAUUUCUGGUUUCAGGUAUAUGAACAGAAUAUACUGAUUGAAAUACAUCAA